UUCCCGGCGCUGUCCGCAGGGUUACCGCGCCCAUCUCUGCUCGAUGGCUGAAGGGAUCUGAGGGGGACGGCGGUUUGUGCGCGUUGUUUUUUUUUCCGCUUCUAGUCUUCGGCGGCAGUGCGGGCUGUCAGGCUGUGACACAGCACAUCCACUCAGGAGGGGGAUCUAUCAGCUGCCGGGAACCAGAGAGAGGAACGAGAGGAAGCCGCCCGCCCGUCCUCCCUCCCGUCACCGCCCAGCACGUCUCCUGCUCCCCUCAUCCUCCCCGUCCCCCCCUCCGGCCGCCCUUCACCUCCCAAACGCCCUCCUAUAGUCUCGGGACACGCUGUGGGCCUCCGGGGGAAGGAAGGAAAGGCAGGAGGACUCGGUGAUAGCGGACUGCAGCCCUUGGGGCACGAAGAGGCCGAGGAGGGGCGAGGACACGGCCGUGGAUGGUCACACGUCGGCUGCAGAGCAGAACUGAGUGUUGGUGGUAGAGAAGCUUCACCGUAGAGAAGAACCAUGAGUGAACUUGAUCAGCUACGCCAAGAGGCUGAGCAACUCAAGAACCAAAUCAGAGAUGCCAGGAAAGCAUGUGCAGAUGCCACUCUGGCUCAGAUCACAGCCAAUAUUGAUCCAGUAGGUCGAAUUCAGAUGCGCACUAGACGUACACUGAGGGGCCACCUCGCGAAAAUCUAUGCUAUGCACUGGGGCACAGAUUCCAGGCUCCUAGUUAGUGCCUCCCAGGACGGCAAGCUUAUCAUCUGGGACAGCUACACCACAAACAAGGUUCAUGCAAUCCCCUUGCGUUCUUCUUGGGUGAUGACAUGUGCUUAUGCGCCAUCCGGAAACUACGUGGCUUGCGGUGGUCUUGAUAACAUUUGUUCGAUUUACAACCUGAAAACCCGUGAAGGAAAUGUAAGAGUGAGCCGCGAGCUGGCCGGUCACACAGGCUAUCUGUCCUGCUGCCGUUUUCUGGAUGAUAACCAAAUAAUUACCAGCUCUGGAGAUACCACUUGCGCCCUUUGGGAUAUUGAAACUGGCCAGCAGACGACCACCUUUACUGGACACACCGGGGAUGUAAUGAGCCUGUCCCUUGCUCCAGAUUCCAGGUGCUUUGUGUCUGGGGCCUGCGACGCCUCAGCCAAACUGUGGGAUAUCCGAGAAGGGAUGUGUCGACAGACCUUCACCGGCCAUGAGUCUGACAUCAAUGCUAUCUGUUUCUUCCCCAAUGGCAAUGCUUUUGCCACUGGCUCAGAUGAUGCCACAUGCAGGCUUUUUGACCUUCGUGCAGACCAGGAGCUGAUGGUUUACUCUCAUGACAAUAUCAUUUGUGGCAUCACCUCGGUAGCAUUCUCAAAGAGCGGUCGCCUCCUUUUAGCCGGUUAUGACGAUUUCAAUUGCAAUGUCUGGGACACACUCAAGGCUGACAGAGCAGGUGUCCUUGCUGGUCAUGAUAACCGUGUAAGUUGCUUGGGAGUGACGGAUGAUGGCAUGGCAGUGGCAACAGGGUCAUGGGACAGCUUCCUCAAGAUUUGGAACUAAAAUCUAUACCCAGCGGACUUCUCCAUGACUGGAAGAGCAUUCCAACCUUCGAAAAUUUUAAAUCAUAGCAUAUCCGAUCCAACCAUACUAACGUGGACACCCACUCUCCCUACUCCCAUACAUCAAAGGGCAGAACCUCUCCUCUCAUUUUUUGCUGAAAACAAGAGCACAAUUAUUUGCUAUAGGAAGAAUUGUUUUCUGGUUCUGAAACCGAGAAUUGUGCAUUCCUUUUGGGACCAUUUCUUCUGUUUUUUCUUUUUUUUUUCUUUCUGUCAUCCUUUUCGUUCACCCUUUUUGUCUUGAAUAAUACAAAACACUAUGCGCCGUACAAGAUAACCAAGAAAUAGCUAUAUCAAGCAUAAAGUCCAUUUCAUGAUUGUUAAUCUGAAGGUUCUAGAGCAGCGAGUCUGGUUUUCUUUCCUCAUCCUCUUUAAGCCGGAUGCUAACGUGAGAACUGCAGUACAGGAUUGUAAAAUAACAGUUAACGGGUUUGGUUUCUUUUUUGUGCCCCCCUCUUUCUGGUCCAUUAAGUGAAGGUGGGAUGUGAUAGACCUGUAAGUCAGGGCCUCUUUAAGCUGUAAAGUGUCCCUGUAUUGUCUGUUGUGAAAAUCUGUUGCACAGGUACAGAACCCUAUGAACAUUAAAAGAGCAUAUUAGACCUCCACGUGCCCUCCAUGUAAUGGUCAUGCGUAAAAUCAGUCGGCCCUUCCCCCGGGUAGGUUGCUCCAGUAAUUGAGUUACUUUUGAGCACUGCAACUGCUUGGGAAGUGUAGUAACCCAAUGCCUGGAGUGCCUUGCGUCAUCUAAGGAUAUUGACCGUCCAUGUUGGGACUCUGCAACAGAUGCGACUGGAGUGUUGGAAGGACUUGGUUAACCAUGUACAGUUCUUUAUACCACCUAUGCCAAUGAACUGUGUUCUGUUCUAUGAAUGCAUCUACACCACUCCACCUUCUCCUCUUGCACCCAACACACUAUUAGAGCUUCUUCAGGGAUCGAGAGCAUGAAGAUUGCAGAGCAAUGCUAUGCUAUUGAGGUUAACCCCUAGUCCUUGUUAUAUAUAUAUAUGUAUAUUUUUUGGGUGGGGACAAGAUUUCUUUCCCUUUUUAGAGCCAAGCUGGCAGCAAUCUCUAGUCUAUUGUAAGCACCUACAUCAAGCACCAGUCAUGUGGUUUGUUUAGUGUGCUCCUUUUUGAGCAAAGACAUGCACUCCUAGAUGGGCAUCUAGUAGUCUUGUUGGUGCUGUAUGCUGUUGCCAGAUUUUUUUUUUUUCUCUUUUUUUCUUUUUAAUUUUGUCCUUCACAGUUUAACACAUGUCAAAUCCUUUAUUCAUGGAAAACCUAAACCAUUCAGACCCAUGUUCCCUCCGAACACUUGUUCUAUUAACACUGGGAAGAGAUAAUGAGAUGUGCAAGGGUAUAUUUCAUGAACACUACCCUGGCCCCGUACUGAUAGAUUAGGAGCAGCAGCCGUGGACAGAAGUACAUGUCUGUACUCUUUCGAUAUCAAGUCAGAUGUGUAUGAAAUGAUGUACAAAUUUAAUGUUUUUGAAAAUAAUGAUCUUGAACUUUCUAAGUUAAAACUUAAGAAAGCUUUUAUUCUUCUGUUGGCAGGGGGUGGGGGUGUGUUUGCCAUAGGGAUGGGUUUUCCUCUUAAGAUUGCAUGCUGUAGAGUUGCUUCAUAAUGUGCAAAUAGAGAGUCCUUAGAUGGUUUUUUUAUUUUUAUUUUUAUUUUUUCUCCCCCUUUUUUUUUUUUUUCAUUUUACACGAAAUAACUUGUUUAAAUGAAUUAACUAUUGCGGUUGUGCUCUUUUUUUUUUUUUUUUUUUUAAAUCACAGCUACUCUAUGUAUACAUUUUUGGGGGGGAAAAGUGCAAAAAAAUUAGCACUUUGAGGAGUAGCUUGAUUCACUUUUAUUUUUUACAAAUUAAAAAAAAUACAUCCUGUUCAAACGAUUGCAUAAAUCAACAAAAAAAAAUGUUUUUUCAGGAAGGGUUGGGAAAUGUGAAAUUAAACUUCACCUUGGUUUAAGUUGAUGCUUCUCAGCCUGUUCUUGUAGAAAGAGGAUUUUGAAUCUGAUUUUUGUUUUUGUUCUUCCUAGAACAGCUUCCCCCUCAAAUUCCCUGCCGUUCUGUUCAAGUCUAUUUGUUACUGUAGAGAUCUGGACACCAAUACACAGGAGCUGCACCUCUGUUCCACGGUCUGUGCAGUAAGAAAGUAGCAACAUUUUUUUUUUUUUAAUUUCAUUAGCUUCUUCCUAAUUGUAUAUGAUCGAUACUCAACCUUUAGCUGUAGAGGCUUUUUAUUUUUUUUUCUCCUCUUUCUGUAAAAAAAAAAAAAAAAGUGCUGUAAUUGUGCGUUAGGCCGGGAACUGGCAAAGAAAGAUGCCCCGCCCACUUCUUGCAUAAAUUACUAUGUAGAGCUCUCUUGCACCCCCUACUCCCUUUCACCUUUUGUAUUUAAUUUUAAAGUCAGUGUACUACAAGAACGCUGGAUGCAAGAUAGAUACUAUAUUAAAAUGUACUGUUAUUUAAGAUGUAAUAAAGCAGUUUGACAUGA